CCCGACACGCACGAGACCUUUUAACACCCGUCUGCACCUCUUGGAGAGUGUUAACUGACUGCUGCUGCCUCUUCACACAUCUGAACUUCAGACAGCGAGGAUGAUGAUGGAUUCCUUCAUGUGCAAGGCUCUGACUUUAGUCGUCAUCUGCAUGUAUCUGCAAGAGGGUUGUGGACACCCCUUAUCAGACCGGGCAGAGCUGCCAGCUCAUGCUCCACAUUCACAACAUGUCAGGACCAAACGCUGCUCCUGUAACAGCUGGGAUGAUAAAGAAUGCAUCUACUUCUGCCACUUGGAUAUUAUCUGGGUCAACACGCCGAGUAAACUCCUUCCAUACGGUCUGGGAAGUCCCCUGUCUCGCCGCCGCCGUUCAACCGACCGUUGCAGAUGCCUCAACCCAGCCGAUAUAACUUGUUCCAGCUUCUGUCAUAAAAGCUCUCAGAACCCAGGGACGGAUGUCGUGGGCCCAUUGGGAAAAUCUGAAAACAUCAACAGCGACAAAUUGCUUGCAUCUUACAGAUCUGUGGUUAAGUCCAACGCGGCCAUCGCAAAAGAGGUUCUCUCAACAAACAAGAAAGCGGUUCGAGUCAACAGGCUCAAGAGCCGAACGAGGAGGUAGAAGACUUAAAACAGAGGUGGUUCAAUCACCGUGGGUUCAACCCAUGGUCAGGAGACUCCUCCGGCGGCCUCUUACCAACUCUGGGAAUGCAGAGAUGGAAAGGUGGUUGGCACGGGAAUCACGCAACUGAUCAACAAAACAGCGCUUUGGAAGACUGGCAGGUUCCCAAGAUAGAAGCCCUGAGGCAGGAGCGAUGUAGGGUGGAGACGUUAAGAGUUAUUUUUUGAACUCUCCUUGAACUUUUCUGAACUUAAUAACAGUCUACAUGCCAAGGACGGAAGUUUCUAAGAAAGGAAACGGGGAACCGACUUCGAGACUAGUGGAUGACCACAUCAAGAAAUGUUACAAUGAUCAAUCAGUGACCAGUUGUUUGGUUUCCAUGGACAAAGCUCUGGUUUCGACUCGUCUUUAAGGACAGUUUCAUACCUGAAACUCGCCCCCAAUAUGAGGAUUAUAGGAUCAUUACAUAUUCCAGAGUCAUAUAAACUCUGUAGUUAGUUGGGAAUUGUUUGUCCAUGUUUACUCAAAAACUACUCUGUCACUGCUGACCUUUGGUUUGGUUUAAUACUCCUCUGUAUCAGAGCUGGAAUCUGCCGUCCCGCCUAAUGUUUAAGGCAAAUUCGCUAAUAGCUGUUUAAUAAUGAAGCUUACUUGAAAACGGCAGCUUGAACACCGUUAGCAGCGUGUGCUAACGGUGAAAUGAAGGUCAUCACUUUGGGAUUUAUCAAACAAACAGUUAGCUUUAUGCAAGGUCUAUUGUCGGCUCCUCUACACACACACACACACACACACACACACACACACACACACACAAACACACACAGUAUACUUUCUUCUAGCAUAACAACUACAGUGGGUCUAUUGUGUUGCCUAGAGUGUUUAUUGCAUAGCUCCUGUUUAAUGUUUUGAUUGAAGAUAAGCCAGAAGGUUUCAAUGAUGUGCAGCUUGCCAAAAACAUGCAACAAUUGUUUUUCCUCCCCUGACAAAUGUCCACUUAACUUCUCUGUAUUAGCUACUGGGAAAUGUUGACUCUCGACUUGUGUUAUGCACUUCAAAACCUAUACAUCUGUGGCCCGCACCUUUUCUGUGCCAUCUAUCCAUUUGCCCGUCCGCCCCCGGUUUGACUGCAGUCACCGGGAACUGAUAUAUGGACACAUGGAAACAUAAAACAUCCUCAAUGCUGUAUAUGACGGAUCGUUUACCAGCUUACAAGUUUACUAUUGAAUGCUGAAUGAUUGAAUUUAUUUAUUCUCUAACUUAUUCAGAGAUGUAUUUAUAUUUUUUUGAAUGAUGCACUGGAUUGUG